UUUACGAACUUAAACUACAUUUCCGGGAGACCGGUUUAGACUGUAACCGUAAAAUAACUUUAUUUACAAAUAAAAUACAAAUAUGGCUGUCACAGGAGUGUUACCUUUCGUCAGAGGAAUUGAUUUUACUGGAAAUGAUUUUCAGGAAGAUUAUUUUCCUAAAGCUGUGUCUGAGAUGACUGGUCUAAGAUGGCUUAAAUUGAAUAAAACAAAAGUUGAUUGGAUUCCUGAUGAAUUAUGCAACUUACAAAAACUCGAAGUAUUGUCUUUAGUUCGUAAUAAUUUGGUCACCAUUCAUGGAGAAGUUUCAACUUUACCCUGUCUUCGUUAUGUCAACUGCCGUUUUAAUAAACUGAAGAACUCUGGAAUUCCAUCUGAUUUAUUUGAACUUGAAGAUUUAGCUGUUGUUGAUUUCAGUCAUAAUUGUUUAAAAGAAGUUCCUAGAGAUUUAGAUCAUGCAAAAAGCCUACUUGUUCUUAAUUUAAGUCAUAAUGCAAUUGAAAAUGUACCUAACCAAUUAUUUGUAAACCUCACAGAUCUACUGCAUUUGGAUUUAAGUAAUAACAAAUUAGAAUCUCUCCCUCCUCAAAUGCGCAGACUUGUUAAUUUACAGACUUUAAACUUAAAUAAUAAUCCAUUAGGUCAUAAUCAAUUUAGGCAAUUACCAGCUCUAGUUGCUCUGCAAACUCUACACUUAGCAAACACACAAAGGAGUUUAUCAAAUAUACCCACUUCCUUGGAUGGCUUAACUAAUCUACAAGAUGUUGAUUUAUCACAAAAUAGUUUACCUAGAGUUCCAGAUGCUUUAUACACUCUUCCAAAUUUGAAGCGUUUGAAUUUAAGUGAAAAUUGCCUCAUAGAUAUUUCACCUGAUGUUGGAGAUUUAUGGAAAAAUUUAGAAACAUUGAAUCUUUCCAGAAACAAGCUAAAAGCUUUACCUGCUACCAUUUGUAAACUUUCAAAAUUAAGAAGAUUAUAUAUAAAUGACAAUCAAUUUGAUUUUGAUGGAAUACCAGCUGGAAUUGGAAAGCUGUAUAGCUUAGAAGUUUUUAUGGCUUCUAACAAUCAACUUGAAAUGAUACCUGAAGGAGUUGUACGUUGUGGCCGAUUGAAGAAGCUUGUGCUAUCCAAUAAUCGACUUAUCACUCUGCCUGAAGCAAUUCAUCUUUUGACUGACAAUGUAGUUUUAGAUUUGCAUGGAAAUCCUGAUCUUAUCAUGCCACCUAAGCCUGAUGAACUAAUUUUGGGCAGUGGAUCAGAAUAUUAUAAUAUUGAUUUUUCACUGGCAACUCAAUUGAGAUUAGCUGGAGCGACAUCUAAUAAUCCAGUUACUGCUCCUGCACAUAGCAAGGAUCCUAUUGCCCGAAAGCAGAGAUUACGAAGAAAGAAAGAAGAUGAAGUUGAUAGUGAUCAAGCUAAAGUCUUAAAGGGAAUGAGUGAUCUAGCUAAAGACAAAAAUAAAGACAUGGCUUUGGAUGAUAAAAAUGUUUCUUUGAAACCUAAAAGAUGGGAUGAAGCUCUAGAAAAACCUCCUCUUGAUUAUAGUGAUUUCUUUGAUGAUGAAGUUGGCCAUAUACCUGGCUUAUCUUGUUGGGAAAUAGAAAACUUUGUUCCAAAUCAAGUAGAUGAAGCAUUAAUUGGAAAGUUUUAUGAGGGAGACUGCUAUAUUAUUUUAAAAACAUUCCUUGAUGAAAAUCAGAGUUUAGAUUGGCAAAUUUUUUACUGGAUUGGAUCGCACGCAACUUUGGACAAAAAAGCAUGUGCUGCAAUUCAUGCUGUAAAUUUACGUAAUUUUUUGGGUGCUCAGUGUCGCACAAUUCGUGAAGAGCAAGGAGAUGAAAGUGAUGAAUUUUUAGAUUUGUUUGGAACUGAAAUUAUAUAUAUUGAAGGUGGGAGAACAGCUAGUGGAUUUUUUACUAUUGAAGAAGUGGAAUAUAUAUCACGUUUAUAUCGAUUGGAGACACAUAACCGCAUUUUGCAUAUUGAAUCAUUUCCUCUUUGCUAUGAUUCUUUGGAUCCUCGCUAUGUCUUCCUUCUUGAUGGUGGAAAAAAGAUUUAUAUUUGGUAUGGAAGAAAAUCAAAGAAUACAGUUCAAUCAAAAGCGAGACUUUUAGCUGAAAAAAUGAACAAAAAUGAAAGAAAAAAUCUCUCUGAGAUAUUUACUUUUUGUCAAGAUCAAGAAGUACCUGAAUUUUUUAAAGCUUUAGGAGUGGAAGGAGAUAGUGUGCCCGAUUCACCUAGUGAAAAUUCUGACGAUACAUUUUCUUUAUUUCAUCCUAAACUCUAUCAAGUUGGCCUUGGUAUGGGCUACCUGGAGUUACCUCAAGUGGAAAUCAAGCAAAAUAGAUUGGAGAAAACUAUUUUGGAGACCAAAAAUGUGUAUAUUCUUGAUUGUUCUUCAGAUGUAUUUGUUUGGUUAGGACAAAAAUCAACUCGUCUUGUUCGAGCUGCUGCUUUGAAGCUGUCUCAAGAAUUGUGUAGUAUGUUAAAAAGACCAAAGCAUGCUAUUGUCAGUAGAGUUUUAGAGGGAACUGAACCUCAAAUUUUUAAAUCUAAAUUUUAUGGUUGGGAUGAUGUGAUAGCUGUUGAUUUUACAAGAACAGCUCAAUCUGUUGCUAGAACUGGUCCAGACUUAAAAAAAUGGAUGAGUAAGCAGGAAACAAAAGCUGAUCUUUCGGCCCUCUUUAUGAACAGGCAACCUCCUAUGAGUAAAGAAGAAGCUAAAACUCUAAUGGAAGAGUGGAAUGAAGAUUUAGAGGCCAUGGAAUCUUUUGUUCUAGAAGGAAAGAAAUUUGUUAGAUUGCCAGAAGAAGAAAUCGGUCAUUUUCACAGUGAAGAUUGUUAUGUAUUUUUGUGUCGGUAUUGGGUUCCACUUGAAGUACCUGAAACAGAAGAAGGAACGGAAGAGGAAGAAGUUCAAGAAGAUGGAUUUCAAUGUGUUGUGUAUUUUUGGCAGGGAAGAGAUGCUGGAAAUAUGGGAUGGCUUACAUUUACUUUUAGCUUGCAGAAAAAAUUUGAAUCUCUGUUUGGUGAUAAACUUGAAGUUGUGCGAACCUAUCAACAACAAGAAAAUUUGAAAUUCCUUUCUCACUUUAAACAAAAUUUCAUCAUUCAUAAUGGUAAGAGGAAAGAUUCAAAGAAAAGCAAUGCUGUUGAGAUGUUUCAUAUUCGAUCAAAUGGAAGCCCAAUUUGCACACGUUGCGUUCAAAUUACACCUGAUGCAUCUAUGCUAAAUUCUGCAUUUUGCUACAUUUUGAAAGUUCCCUUUGACAAACAAAACAAUUCUGGUAUUGUUUAUGUGUGGAUUGGUUCUAAAAGUGACGGAGAUGAAGCCAAAUUAACAGAAGAUUUGGCAAACAAAUUAUAUAGUACAGAAACUCAUAGUAUUCAAGUCUUGAAUGAAGGAGAAGAACCAGAAAAUUUCUUUUGGGUUGCUAUCGGGGGACGCAAACCAUACGAUAAGGAUGCUGAAUUUAUGAAUCAUACUCGCCUGUUUCGCUGCUCAAAUGAAAAGGGCUAUUUCUCCAUUUCUGAAAAAUGUGCUGAUUUUUGUCAAGAUGAUCUUGCCGAUGAUGAUAUUAUGAUACUAGAUAACGGAACAGCAGUUUUUAUCUGGGUUGGUGCUAAGUGCAGUGAAGUUGAAAUUAAACUUGCCUACAAAAGUGCACAGGUCUAUGUGCAGAGUUUAAGAGCAAAACAACCUGAUAAGCCUCGAAAACUAAUGCUCACAUUAAAAGGCAAAGAGUCCAAAAGGUUUACCAAAUGCUUUCAUGGCUGGGGAAAGCAUAAGACAGUUGUAGAAUAAAAAUGUAUAGAUUAUACAAGUGCAUUUAUUUUUAAUUAUAUUUAUAGAGUGCCAAACCGAGUGAGAAGAUCUAAAACAUGUACAAAUUUGUAUUUUAAAUACACGUAUAUUUUUUCAUUCAAAACUUUAGCAAUGAUUAUAGUUUUUUGGGAAUAAAUUUAAGUGAUUUAUCACAGUAUUUGCUCUCUAAAUUACCAAACUGUGCAAUGUGAUACUCAUGUUUUACUUAAUUGGUUGGUGCUUACCUCUCCAUCCAUUUUGAAUGUGUGUUCGUGUCAAUACAUAGGCUCUAAAAUGUUAUGUAUUAUUUAUUUGUAUUCAUAAAAAGUUUUUGUAAAUAAA